UCAGGAUUGAGUCGUUCUAAACGCACGCUCCGCACGGGCUAAUGCUGAGUGGAUGCCGACUCUUCGAGCUUGCCUCACAAACGCGCCUCUCUGUCGACAAGCCAACAAGAGAAGGCUCAAAGCUACUCACAGUCAUGCCUGCUGCCUCGCUCCUGGGCAGGGCCGCGUCGUACUAUAUUAAUGUACUUGGCACCGAUGACGCUGCUACGGCUUGGAAUAUCGUAUUCGGCGCAAGCAGAGAGGAAUAUCAGCGUCUUGUAUAGCGGAGGACAUUUAUGAGCAGUUGGCGAAGAACGGAAACAUGUGGUUCACAAAUAAUGAGGAAGAAGAGGAGGACGAAAACUACAUCAAACAUUCCAGAAAAGCUGUCACCUGGAUAAUACAUUCACGAGACACCAUGGGGUCCGUUGAGAGCAGCCAGCCCCCCACCUCGGGGCAUGCAGAUUUAAGGACAUCCACAUUACCUAUUCGUCUUCCAAUGCCGGACCAAACUGAACUAGAGAGGCGAUUCACCAAAGUUUUGCAAUCUAUGGACCUUCCUCCAGACAAAGCUAAAGUACUGAAGAGCUACGAUGAUGAGAAAAAAUGGGACUUAAUCUGUGAUCAGGAACGUGUGCACGCUAAAGACGCUCCUCAUGUUUACCUCAACAAGUUAAAGGCGUAUCUCGACCCAAAGAGAAGCCAUCGGAGGAAGAAAAUAUUAGGUGAUGCAACAUCAACACAAGUUUUAAGAGAUCUGGAGAUUUCAUUACGGACAAACAAUAUAGAGUGGGUUCGUGAAUUUCUGAGUGAAGAGAAUCAAGGUCUCGAUGUGUUAGUGGAUUACCUCUCAUUCACACAGGUUGUCAUGAGGAGGGAACAGUUAUUAAACCGAGAGAAGAGCAGUAGCCUGGACUCUGGUUUACCCAAAAGUCCCAUCUUGAGGAAGAUGAGGCGAUCAAACACUAUCAGCUCUCCCCGGGGUCUGAAAUUCUCCAGCAAGUAUAUGGGGGAGGCGCGGGACGAUGUUCAUCUCUGUAUUAUGUGUCUACGUGCUAUCAUGAAUCAUCAGUACGGUUUUAACCUUGUUAUAGCUCACAAGCAUGCGAUCAACUGUAUCAGUCUUAGUUUGAACCACAGAAGCUUAAGGACAAAAGCUCUGGUGUUAGAAUUGUUAGCAGCUGUUUGUCUAGUCAGCGGGGGCCAUGAGAUUAUUUUAUCAGCAUUUGACAAUUUUAAAGAGGUGUGUGGAGAGAGACAUCGGUUUGAAACACUGAUGGAGUAUUUCAAAAACUUUGAGGAAUUUCACAUAGACUUUAUGGUGGCGUGUAUGCAGUUUAUCAACAUCGUGGUUCACUCCGUGGAAAAUAUGAACUUCCGCGUUCACUUACAACACGAGUUUACGCAAAUUGGCCUGGAUGACUAUCUCGAGCAAAAACUGAAGCACACAGAGAGCGACAGACUGUCAGUUCAGGUGCAUGCAUACCUGGAUAACAUGAUUGAGGUGGCACAGCUGUUGGACGACUCCGAGACGAAGACAGAGGCGCUAGAGAAGGUAGCGGAGCUGGAGGAUGACCUGGCACAUAUGGGAGAAAAAUUACAAGAAUUAGAAGAAGAAACGAUGGCUAAAACAGUGGAAUUAGAAAAACAGCUUUCAGAUGCCAAUGAAGAUAUAGAAAAAUUACGAGAAUUAACAACGUUACAAGAAGUGGAAAUGUCAACGUUACGGAAAACUGUGACAGAGAAAGACGAGGAAUCGAGAAAGAGGCAGAGUUUGUUGGACGCUAAACUGCAGGAGCUAGAUUACUUAAAAACCAACAUUCAUGGUGAGACAAAAGCUUGUCAAGGAGGUUCUCCAGAGGCUAAUGGUUUGAUGCCACCCCCACCCCCUCCUCCUCCCCCUCCAGCACCCCCAGCCCCACCCCCACCACCACCGCCCCCAGGGGUAGGCAGACCACCUCCACCCAUGGCUCCUCCUCCCCCAGGGUCAGGCAUACCAAACAUGGCAGCGAUGACAAUCAAGAGGAAGAUCCAAACAAAGUUCCGCUUGCCAGUACUGAACUGGACGCCGCUCAAACCAAACCAGGUGAAAGGUACCAUUUUCGCAGACCUGGAUGAUGACAAAUUGUAUGAUGUGAUCGACUUCCAUGAGUUUGAGGAAGUAUUCAAGCUUGGCUUCGCUGGUGCGUUCAGCCGAGAUACAACAGACGGGACGCCCAAACUUCUGAAGAAGUUACGCAAACCUGAAUCCAUCACACUCAUGGAGCCUAACAGGUUGCGUAAUGUUGCCAUUACAAGACGGAAGUUUGACAUGACCAACGAUGAGAUCUGUCGUGCUAUUAACAGCCUUGACCUGAAGACACUGUCUCUGGACAUGGUGGACAUUCUAUUGACCGUGCUGCCCAAUGAUGCGGAGGUAAAAGCAUUCAGGGAGUAUGAGAAGGAGAAGAAGCCCAUCGGAGCUCUGACGGAUGAGGAUCGUUUCAUGAUGCAGCUGUGUAAGGUAGAACGCCUCACACAGAAGCUGAGCAUCAUGAGCUUUGUUGGGAACUUCUACGACAAUAUCCAUCACCUUCAGCCGCAAGUGAACGCCAUCAUCGCAGCUUCCAUGUCCAUCAAGAAUUCACAGAAAGUCAAGAAAUUACUUGAGGUAUUGUGUGCGUUUGGUAAUUACAUGAACAGUGCUAAGAGGGGUCCAGCGUAUGGAUUCAAGCUACAGAGUUUAGGACAUGGUCAGUGAAGUGGACAACUGGUAGAUGCGAAGUCUGGUGACAAGAAAGUGACGCUGAUGCACUUUUUGGCACAAACAAUACAGGACAAAUUCCCAGACUUGGUCAACUUUGAGGCGGAGCUAAGGUUUAUUGACAAGGCCGCAUUAGUGUCGCUGGAGAAUGUGGUGAUAGAUUUACACGAGCUGGAGAGGGGAAUGCACUGACUAAGAAGGACUCCACAAUAAAAAAGACCACAAGGAGCCGCCAGCGCUAAUAAAAGAUUUCUGGCCAUCGAAGACAAAUUCCAAAAAUUACUAAGUGAUACUAAAACAGCACAGGAUGCAUAUUCCAGGGUUGUGGAGUAUUUUGGAGAAAAUGCACCGAACGUUGCCCCCGACGACCUUCUUUCUCCUUGUUUGUCAGAUUUUGUCAACGCGUAUAAGGAAGCCGUUUUAGAUAAUGAACGACGGCAGAAGAUGGAAUUUGCUCUCAUGCAGGAACCACCACAGCCUCCCAACAAGAAGAAAGAAAAGAAAGUAUGUCAGGAGGCGGUCGUGAAUGAGCUGAAGUCACGGAAUCGUCAGAUCAAGGAGAAGAAGUUGUUGAACAAAGACGAAGUGUACCAUGGAGCUUUGGAAGACAUUUUAUUAGACUUAAAGAACGAGCCGUAUCGUCGAGCAGACGGAGUUCGACGCAGUCAACGAAGGCGUGUGGAAGGGAUUGUGCAGGCCCCGACUGGCAGGGCAGAGAUGUUUUAGUCUCUCCUAUGUGCAUCGGUGAUUUAGACACUGUUGCAGGUACACCCCUCUGUGCUGUGGCAGCUUGUGGGAACAGAGGAAGUUUUGAUGUUGCAAACUUUUAAUCCAGAUGAUGCCGUGACUUUGUGAUGAUGGCAGAAAUUGACAAAUUUGCCAUCCUAUCUUGUUAAUCUUGAGGCUUCGUAUAUGAUCAGCUUGAGUACGGUUUAAUUUUGGUAUGAAACUGAUUUUAUUUUGCAUCAUGAAAUGGAAAUUCAGCUUUGUAAUUCUGUUCUGCCAGAGGAGAUGAUAAUAUUAAGGUUGGCUUAGCUAGAAUAAUAUAAACUUGUGAAUUUCAAAGAUGGCGCUCCAGACAUGGAGAGAGUUUGCAGAAGUUACAGAUUUUGUGACUGUCUGAUACUGUCUUGUUAUGAAAGCAACAAGCAUGUCAUUCCACCUGCUGAUUUUGUCAGUUACCACAGCAACCAGGAGAGUUAACUUUCUCAGUCAACUUACAGGUCGCAGGAGAGCUCUUACAAAGGGUGAUAACUCCACUCCUACUUUAGAUCAUGUGCAUCAAAUGUAAUGACCACUACUUCAUCUUUUCUCACAACCCUCGAUUUUACCUUAAAAUUUGGCUAGGAAUUACGCCAAAAAUUGGGUGGAGUCAACAGUCAACCAGUCAACCAGUCAGGGGGCGAUUCUUCAAAGCCAUUUCUGACUAAGGACAAAAUUUGAAAUGUGAUCUUAAAGCUCAUGUUUCAAAUUUUGACUGAAGUCAGAAAUUGCUUUUUGGAAUCGGCCCCAGGUCUUUUUUCACAUAAAUUCAAUGACCACCUCCCCCCCCCCCCAUGCACCCCCCCCC